AGACAAAGACAAAGACAAAGGCAAAGAGGCGACGAUGGGAGCAUCCAAGAAACACCUCGAGGGCGUUGCGGCCACUCACUCUUUGUUGUCCUUGUAUGAUGAGUGCCUCUCCAUUGCCAAGAGGGACCAAAGUCAGACCAAGCCCUUGCUGACAACUGUCUCAUCCGAUUCUUCCGAAACACCACAUGGUGCUCUUUCCACCACCGGUCAACCAUUGGUUGCUCCUCUGGCUCUUCAUGAGGCCCAUUCAGCAUUGCUAGAAUUUGACAAGACACAAUGGAAUGCCGAAACAAAGCAUCCCAAAUGCCUUCCUAUUGCAGUCAUUCGAUCGAUGAAGGUGGUAUUGCAUCAAUGCCAAACCAAUGACACCACCAAUGACAAUGCUACUACUACCACUGUGGAACAGCUCGAACGAGCUCUGAGUGACACCCAAUUAUACUUUACACCACCUCGCGAUCCCCAAAAUAGUGACAAUAAUGACUCGUAUGCCAAGCGCAAAUUCCAGGAACGCAUGGAGAAAUUGAGAUUGCAAAAUGAAGAAACCAACUACUACAAAAUGACAUCCAAUGUGGGAGGCAAGAAACAGCAGGAUGAUGAUAUCACCACCAAAUCCAUGACCUAUGCGGCCAGUGUAGGACUCAACAUGAUUGUGGCUCCCAUUUCCUUUGGGGUAUUCAUGUUCUUUUUUUCGGGGCCCAUUUUGGGAUUUGUCUGGAGAGAGUUCAAGGUCCAACCUGGAGGUACCGAUAUCCGCAAGGUGAUUAUUGGUGUCAUUAGUGGUGUCGCCAUGCUUUUUAUUGAAACAUGAUGCUCUUUGUCAUUCGUACACAUGAAUUGGAUAGAGUAAUGAGCCAAAAACAAAAGAAAAAGGGCAAAUCAGUACAGCCCUUUGGAGAGUACUCUGCGGACAGCAAAAAGACCUAUGGAAUAAAGGAGGAGUGAGCAGUGUUGGGACCAAGGUUACUAAUGCAUUCCAAUAAUAGAAUAAAUGAUUAUUCCAGUGCUUGUCUAGUUUCUAGGAUUUCCAAGUGAUUUUGGUUGACAGGUUCUUUCUAGAUAGCACUCGUGAUAGUUUGUGCUAGC